UGCAUCAAAUCAAUAUCUUUCUAAAACCCUAAAACCCUAGCUUUCUUCUCCCCUGUUCUGAUUCACGAUGCUCAAUGCUCAGAUCAACCACCAGACGACAUCGUUUUCUCACUCCACUCUUCUCAACAAACCCUCAAACCCUAUCCUCCUUCAGCGCCGCCGCCGCCGCCGCCGCCACGAAUUUCCCUCAAAACGACAGCGUCUCACGAAUUCUAGGUCAUUUCAACUCUCCUCCGCUUCGUCAUAGUACUAAGCUCUUGUUCAAUUACCUCCAGCACAAUGCUUCGUUCAAGUACGAAGUUCUCGAAUUGGGACCUUCUGAGAUUGACGCCAUUAUCGAGAAACUCAGCUCGGAAAAUGCAAUCGAGUUCUUCUUCGUGCUGCAGAAUGUAUUUGGAUUCAAGCACUCGCGGAAUUCGCAGUUCGUCGUCGCACAUUGUUUGGCAGAGAAGAAGCGAUCCCGUGCACUGCAGUGCCAUCUGCAGCGAGUGCUUCGAGAAGAAGGGUCUGGCUCUGCACCCACACUAUGUGAGCUGCUUUCGAAAAGCUUCAGUGGAUGGGAUUCGAAUAAAAUGGUAUGGGAUAUGCUGACAUUCGUUUAUUCUAGAAGUGAUAUGGUCCAUGAUGCCCUUUUCGCCCUUGAAAAGAUGAAGGAAUCGCGCGUCCGACCAUCAAUUAUGACAUACAAUAGCUUGUUGCACAACUUGAGGCAAAGAGACACCAUGCAGGAUUUCUACGACAGUAUCGAAGCUAAAGGAUUUUUUCCAACCAAUUACACGAAUUCAAUUUUCCUCGAUGGUCUAUGCAGGCAGUCUUUGUUUCACGAGGCAGUCGCGUUUCUGCGCCAGUUGCAAGAGAAACAUGCCGAGCCUUGUCUUGUUUGGUUCAACACUCUGAUGUCAGGUUUCUGUAGACUGGGUUCUGUAGAUAUUGCAAAAUCAUUCUUCUGUAAGAUGUUUAAGUACGGAUUAGUUCCGGAUGUAUAUAGUUACAAUAUCCUUAUUCAUGGGCUCUGCAUUACUGGUUUACCAGAAGAAGCAUUGGACUUUACAAAGGAUAUGGAAAAACACGGAUUGGAGCCCGAUCAAGUGACGUACAACAUUUUUUCUAAAGGGUUUCGUCAACUUGGUAUGAUGGGUGAAUUUGGGGAAUUUACCAAGAAAAUGCUGCGAAAAGAGGCGAACCCUGAUAUUCUGACAUACACAAUACUGAUCUGUGGGCAUUGCCAGAUAGGUAAUGUUGAAGAGGGUUUUAGGCUUAGAGAGGAGAUGCUGUUGAAGGGUCUUCAGUUAAAUAGUAUCUCGUAUCGUGUGCUUUUCAUCAGCUUGUGUAAAAGUGGGCACAUAAUCGAAGCUCUGGAUUUACUUUCUGAAAUGGAAAAGGUUGGUUUUAAACCAGAUCUUUUUAUGUAUUCUAUGAUAAUUCACGGUCUUUGUAAGAUUGGCGAAGUGCAGCAAGCCGUCGAAUUAUACAACGAGAUGAGCAUGAAGAGAAUUAUCCGAAAUUCUUUCCUACACAGAUCUAUUCUAUUGGGAUUGUGUCAGAAGAGAACAAUAUAUGAAGCAAGGAGCUAUUUCAAUACGUUGACAAAUAGUGACUUGGUGCAGGAUGUUGUCUUGUACAACAUUAUAAUAGAUAGAUAUAUUAAACUCGGUAAUAUGGGGGAGGCUGUUGAAUUGUUCAACAAAAUAUCGGAGAAAGGGAUUUCCCCAACUGUAGUUACAUUCAAUUCCCUAAUAAAUGGAUAUUGCAAAGCUGGAAAACUAGCCUAUGCCAAAAAGUUGUUCGAUGCAAUCAAGAAACAUGAUUUAGUCCCGACUAUUGUUUCUUACACGACGCUUAUGAAUGCAUUUUCUGAAGCGGGAAACAUAAGAGAAAUAUUCGUGCUGCUUGAUGAAAUGAAAGCAGAUGGCAUCGAGCCGAAUCAAGUGACUUACACAGUGGUUAUGAAAGGACUGUGUAAGAACGGGCAGCUCGAAGAAUCCGACCGACUUCUCAAGGAUAUGUUAGCAAAGGGUCUCUAUCCGGAUCAAAUUUCUUACAAUACUCUGAUAAAAUGUUUCUGUAAAGAGCGAAAUUUCGAUAGAGCAUUUCAAUUACACGAAGAGAUGGUUAAGCUUAAUGUUCAGCCAAGUUGUGCCACGUACAACAUUCUUAUCAAUGGUUUUUGUGUGUAUGGGGACUUAGGUGAGGCUGAAAGAGUAUUUAAUUUUCUCCAAGAACAAAAUACUAGGUUGUCUAAAGUUGCGUAUACGACUCUUAUAAAGGCAAUCUGUGUAAAGGGGGGGGAUGUUGAAAGGGCUAUGGUACUCUUUCUUCGAAUGGCUGAGAUUGGGUUUGAAAUUUCGGUGAGAGAUUAUAGUGCUGUGAUUAAUAGACUGUGCAAAAGGUUUUUAUUACAUGAAGCUAUGGAUUUUUUUCGAUUGAUGCUAUGGAACAGUGUUGCACCUGACCAGCAGAUUUGUUUGGUUAUGGUUGAUUCGUUUAACCGAGCUGGAUAUUUUAGGGCCGAGAUUCAAUUAUAUGCUUUGAUGACCAAAUGUGGCCUUUAUCUUGGUUGAAUUUCAUAUGACAGACGAGUUUUGGUGGUGCUUCACAUAAUCAAACAGCUGUUAGAUGGACACUUGGUCGAGAACUUUGUCUACUCGGCUACCUUCAUAUUCGAGAUUGUGCACUUUUUUCAGCAUCUCCACGCAUCGACUCGGCGAUUUUCCGAGCCAACUCAGCCGAGUCAGGCACCGAGUCACCGCCUUCCGCCACCAGGACCGC